CUGGAUAGUGUGAUCGCAUCUGGGAAACAUUGCGUACUGGACAUUAGUUUGGAAUCGGUGGAGCGACUCCAACUCGCUCAAUAUGCUCCCAUCGUGGUUCUGAUUGAUGUCGAUGGACGGUCACGGAUUCGAGAGAUUCGAAAGAAGCUCAACGCACCACAUGCGUCAUCGAAAAAGCUGGCCGAACAAGCAGCUCAAAUCAAGAAACAUCAUGCCCAUCUGUUGUCUGCAACUGUCGAUGCGACUAACGAGGAAGCGUGGUUUGACGCUCUACGAGACUUAGUCAUACAUUUACAACAACGGCGAUUGUGGAUGCCGGAAUUCCCGCCGAAUUUGCCGUUAGAGGAC